CGUGGUUCCUAUGGCUACGUGGACAAGAUGGUUCAUCGGCCAACUCAACGUAUGUUUGCUGUCAAACACAUCCCCAUUCACCAGGAGAAUACGAAUAAGGCACAAAUUCAAAAAGAUCUCGCUGUCGGUAUGCGUAGCCGAUGUCCGUCCGUAGUGACUUGUUAUUGUGGACUGUGUUACGAGUUGGAGGUGCUCAUUGUUAUGGAACUGAUGGAUACCUCCUUAGAUAAAUUACUAGAAAAGGUAAACGCGGCAGGUCAGUCGUUCCCUGAGAGCAUCUUGGCGUAUAUUGUACAUUGUGUGGUCACUGGAUUGGAGUACUUGCAUCAAGAGUUGAAGAUUAUUCAUCGGGAUGUCAAACCGUCUAACAUCCUGGCCAGUCGGAAGGGUGCGGUAAAGACUUAUUUUCAGAUGCUCCACAGUUUCAAGCUAUCUCGAGUUUCAGCCCGCAAUCCACUUGACGUGGUUGUUUAUUCCGCUUUUUACUUGUCUUCCUAUCUACCUGAUGUCAAACUAUAG